GGGAAAUCCCACUGAAUCCCACGAAAUGGUUGAAAAGAUUCGUAUUUAAUAGAUAAACGAAUUUUAGAAAAUUAGAUUUUUAGUAUCAGUUGCCCCGAGAUAGUGUCUUCAUCUCUUCAAAAGUUCUAACUUUGUCAGGUUUUGAAGCAGCGGGCUUAUAUUUCUUUGUGUUUUCCGUACCAAAAGAUUGAAAAAAGUAUACCUAUUAAGAUGGAAUUUAUGUUUAGCAAUUAUAUCAGACAACAUAUGUAUUCUGCUAUGGAAGAGUAUGACACAGACAAGGAUUAUUUAGCCAAUGUGGCUAUGACAGCUUUUAAUCUGACAACACAGGAGCUAUCUGAUGUCACGAAAAAUACCCCUCAAUCUGAAUAUUAUCGUGAAGAAGGGAAUAAUUCAUACAAGGGUGGUUAUUUUCAGAAAGCUCUUAUAUUUUACAAUAAAGCAUUAGUGUGUGCUCCAAAUAUGUCAUUGUCUCUCAAGUUAGCUUACAGCAAUAGAUCUGCUGUGUUGUUUACUGCUAAACAGUACCAAGCUUGUGAAAAGGACUGUGACACAGCACUUGCUAUAGAUUGUGAGACACCAAGUAGUCUUACUGAAAAAUUGAAAAAACGAAGAUUGCAGGCAAAGCAAAGUCAACAUUUUAAGAACUUGACAGAAAUUAAUCAGAAAGAGAAAGCGCUUUUUCGGGAAUAUGCUCAUGAAUAUUUUAAAUUGAAGAGUCGCCACGAUGAUAUACCUUGUGCCUGUGCUGAUAUUGACAUUGUUUUUGAGUCUGGGUUCCCUAAAGUGAUUGCAAAACGAGAUAUCCCGAUUGGAACAUUGGUGGCAAAUGAAAAGGCCUUUGCAUGCUGGCCGGGUGUCGAAGAUGAUGAAUAUUUUUCUUGCUACUAUUGCCGGAAACUUGAUCUGAACUUGUUCCCUUGUACUGGUUGCGUUUUUGCUUUAUUUUGCAGUAACCAAUGCAAAGAAAUGUGUAUGAAAGAAUAUCAUUCUGUUGAAUGUAAAAUUAUUGCAAGUGUGUCUCCAUUGACAUCUGUGUACAAGAAAUGGAUACUGUCUGCCAUAAUAAAACUACGAAAUACGUGUUCUUCUUGGGAGGAACUAAUAACACUUUCUCACAAGUUAUGUAAAGGAGACGAUACGUUUAAAAUAAACGAAAUCUAUGAUAGCAAUAAACAUCUUCAUUGUUAAAUUUUAAGAAAGAUCGUCAUUUUCUACAUGGAGCAGUGUUCAACAACAGUUUUCAAUGUUCUUUAAUUUUGCAUGCUUUACAAAAAUUACCGUCAUUUCUGCCCCAAGAUUGGGAAAGUAAACUAUCCUCAUUGAAGGCAAUAGCAAGAAUAAUUAUGUAUUGGAGUUUAUAUUGGAAACCUUUAAAUUUGUGUCGUGUUACAAAAGUGGUUAAGGAUGACGCAAUAUCUCACCACGUCACAAAUUACUUAGGUGUGUUUGCGUUUAUAGGCAAAUUAAAACAUUCCUGUGUGCCUAAUCUUCAAGGAGUUGCCAUCAACGAUGCAAUGGCACUAUUCGCCAUGGAACAUAUUGAAGCCGGAACAGAACUGACCAUUACGCGUGUCACUCACUGGUUGGACACGGAUUACGUUAUCAGUCCAAAUAUGAGAAUUCGGUACAUUUACGAAAUGUUGCAUUCAACUUGCUUGUGCCUUGUGUGCAGCAAGAGCCCUGAAGAAAGGUCAAGGUUUAUGAAAGAGAAAUUAUCUAGCUCUCAAAAGCAAGCAGCUCUAGAAUGUUGGCACUUAGAACAGUGCAGAAGAUUUAAUAUUCCUCCUAAAAAAUGCAUCAAUGAAUUGUAUAAAACUUUAGCAUUGUUAAACAAUGUAAAGUUUUCACCCGAAUAUAAAAAGGUGUAUGCAAAUUUGGUGAAUUUCCAAAUGUAUUUGUCCUUUAACAAAUUGGGUAAUAUUAUACUUUCUAAGGAUUGCUAAAUACGUUUCAUUAAAAUGUCAAUAAGUGCCUUGUUAGCAAGUAUCAAUAUAUCGUAUUGUAAAUUCUACCUAUAUUGAUUAUUUCAGUAAAUUUUAAUUAAAGUAAAUAAAAAAAUGCCGAUGAAGAAAAUAAUAGGAACUUACUUAUUGUAGGUUAUAUAGCCAGAGCGUAGCCAGGAAUGUCGAGAUUGUAUAAAGGGAGGAUUCAGACAGAAAAUAUUGUUUUUUCUACAACAAUAAAACUAAGCUACCCUUGUUGUUUUAAGUGAUUUUUUAAGAGUAAAAAAGAAAGAAAACAUUUAUUUGCCAAAAACGUGAGUACAAAUAGUCAAAAUGAAUUAGACCUACACGUUUUACCGAAUAUAGGUAUGCAAAUAUAAAUAAAUAAAGAGGAGCAUGCUAUCCACUACCAAUCCAAAACAAAAAAGAAUUAUAAUGUACUUAUACUAGCCCUAAAUUCUAUCCGAGUCUAUCAUUAAAGAAAUCAUUUAAAGUAUAAUAAUAUUUAUCAGUUAAUAAAGACUUGAGGUGCUUUUUAAAUAGAUUUAAAUUUAAAGCUUUUAUAUUGAUUUGGAAUUUUGUUGUAAAUUUUCGGUGCCAUACAUACUAUGCUAUUACCAAGUAAAGCAGUUUUUGAUGGGUGCAUGCAUAAUCGAUAGAUAUCUCGAUGAUUCCUCAAUAGUAGGAAAUAAUGUAAUAAAAUGUAAAAAAUAUGUUGGGAGAUCACAUCCCGUACCUAAGUUCACAAGCUAGCCUUCAAACUUGUUAGGUAGGGUAAGCGACGCAAGCUAUCUAUAAAGCUCAUCAUACUUAAUUAUAGUUUACCUGCGAACUGCGAACGACCCCUCUUUUAAGGGGGGCUGACCCUACCUGCUCGUAAAAAAUACUGGGUGAAUUACACAAGCUUUUGAACACGGCGCGGCGUCUAGCGUUUCAUUUUUUUAUUAGCUGUUUGAGUCCCACUGCUGGGCAAAAGCCUCCCCUAACUUCCACGCAUUCCUCCUAUCCUUUUUUCCUUUCCUAGCGUUUAAUUAAGUAGUGUCCGAUUUUUUUAAAAUAAAGAAUCUUUUUUUUUUAAAUUAAACAUAAAAUUAACAUUGUACCAGUACUUUAUUUAUUUAUAAAUUAGGAUACCUAAUUAAAUUGAGUAAUGUAUAUGGUACAAUUUAAUGAACAGCCCGAACAGCCUGACAGCCCGCGGCGGAAUUCAUAACGCUCGUGAAAUUCACCCGGCUGUUGUUAAUGCAAACUUAUAGUUGAGAGUAGAAACUAUUUUGUUGUGUAGUACUUAUACGUACACCCUAGAGAAUAAGAAAGCUAUUGUUAAAUUUGGAAAAAUCUGUUGGAUUAAAGUAGUUUUAUUAUAAUUGCGUAUUAUUAUAUCGUAAAAAUUAAAAAUAAAUGUUUUGUAAAAUAUUUUGUUGUUUUUUUUUUUUAAUUAAUAGUUACCGUGAAUACCUAUAGUUUACUUUUAUUGGCUAAUUUUGAGACAACAUUGCAAGCUUUGACAUGCUUUCCUCUCAAACUUUGCUGCUGUUAGUGCGGGUUUGCGUUUCACUUCUCACCAUCGAAUCGAUUCGAAGUGAGCGUGAACACCGUUGUCCUUGAAAUGAGAGGUUUAGUAUUAUUUCAGGUAUUUCUUUUUAUGGUCUCACAACUAGGGAUGCCGACCAACCGCGUGAUGUGGAGACGACGAAAAAAUGGGAAAGUGGACCCUGGGCUCUGACGCCCGUGAGCGAUAACAUCAUUUUUUGCUAACAAAUCCAAAAUAGUUCCCCAAAGUGUAAUGCAACACCCACUAUGCUCCACGUUAUCACCUGUUUGAGAGAUCACGGUAGAGCGGCGCGGCGGCGGCGGUUUUCAUAUCUUUCUAACUUUAUUUGUAUUAUAUGUAGAAACUCUCUUUAAGAAAAACAAACCGAUUUCCCUACAUAUUAAUUUACUAUUUGCUGAUAUCAUUUGUUGCAUAAUAUUCCGUGUUUGCCAAAGACAUGUCCUAGUCUUUACCCUGCCAUAGGUGUUUCGGGUGUUUCCGAAUUUAAAUACGUACCUACUUAAGGUUGGUAGGAACUUCCGGUUCUUCAUAAGAUUUUCAAGAUUGCUUGAUUCGAUCCGGAUUCGAUUCUAUUUCUGUCACUGUCAUGCUGUUUAAUUUGAAACAAAACAGCAGCCUCUCGAGCUCAGCUCAGCCCUUAGAGCCUAGGUACAUGUUACAAUGUAAAUACUUAAUUUCGCACUUUCUUUGCAGUUUACAUCAUUGCAGGUUUGAAAUUAUUAAUUUCUAAAAUAAGCAAUCGUAUCUUAACGUAACAUAAACUUUUAAGUGCACAGCACCGAAAAGGAAGAGAACGCGAAAUCCUUUCUUGGAAUCAUAUCAAUAUGAGCAACUACUUUGAAGACCAUGAAGAACUCUCUCAAGACGUUCUUGAUGCUAUGGAAGGUGACCAAGACAGUGUAGAUUACUUUGCCAAUGUCGCUAUGGCUGCUCUGCAUGUAGUGAAUGAGGCAGAAUUUAAAGAAGUGGGGAAAAACAAAUCUAUGUCUGAUAGUUAUCGUGAACAAGGGAACCGGGCAUACAACAGUGGUUACCUACAGAAAUCUCUUAUAUUGUACAACAGAGCGUUGGCAUAUGCUCCGAUUGGUUCAUUAGCUCUUAAACUUGCUUACGGUAACAGAUCAGCAGUGUUGUUUUCUGCUGAGCUCUAUAGAGCAUGUGAAAAGGACUGUAGUACAGCAUUGGGAAUAGACUGCCCAACACCUAGGAAUAUUAUUGAAAAAGUUAGAAGAAGAAAGUUCCAAUCCCUUGCUGAGAUGAGAAAAGGAGACCGGCUUGCUCAACAUAAUGCGAAAAUUAGGAGAUGUGCUGAUGAAUAUUACAAACUGAAAAAUAGUAACAGCAGCGUACCAUGUGCCAGCGAUGACAUUGACAUUAUCAUUGAGUCUGGAAUGCCAAAAGUGAUCGCAAAAAGAGAUAUUGGUCCUGGUACAGUGGUGGCGGUUGAAAAGUCUUUUGUUAGCUGGGCGCCUUCCGACUAUGACCAGUACUUCAGUUGCUAUUACUGCCGCAAACUUGAUCUCAAUCUGUUCCCGUGCAUUGGCUGUGUGGCAGCUUUGUUUUGUAGCAAAGAAUGUGAGGAGACUUGCUUGGCAGAGUAUCACUCAAUUGAAUGCCAAAUCAUAGGAAACCUUUUGCAAAUAGAUAAUGAUGAAAGAUGGCUGGUAACACCUAUGAUCAAAUUGAGAAACUUGUGUGCCUCUUGGGAAGAUUUCGUAGAUUUGUCAUAUGACUUUGGAAAGGAUCGAAUGAGAAAAGAUACGGUUAACGAAAUCUUUGAUGGCAAUAAUCCCAAAUCAUUGUUGAGUUUCAAUAAUGAUCGCCAUUUUAAGCAUGGCACAACAUUUCAGAAGAGUUACUUGUGUGCAUUGUUUUUGAAGAAUUUAUUGCGUUUGAAAACAUAUUUCCCUCAGGAUGAGACAGGCAAAUCAUCAGCCAUGAAAGCCUUUGCGAGAAUCAUGAUGCAUUUGAGUGUAUAUGGUCGCACCACACCGCUGAUUCUCAUAACGGAUGUGAAUGAUAGUGAUUCAGUUGGUGCGCACACAAAUGGACACAGAGGACUGUUCCCGUUUAUAGGAAAACUGAAACAUUGCUGUGUGCCAAACCUUCAAAAAGUUACUAUUAACAAUACUAUGGCAUUGCUAAGCGUGAAAAGUAUUAAAGCUGGUACAGAAUUGACAGUUACACAUGUAUUCCACUGGCUAGAGAAUGAGCUAACGAAAAACGAAAGAAAAAUGAACAUGUAUCUUGAAUGUCAUAUGAUUUGUUCAUGUUUCGUGUGCACCGCUAGCCCUAAGGAAUGGAAAAAGAUGAAUAGACAGGCGAAAAUAUCGGAUGAUCUCAAGAAAGCUGUAGUCAAGAGUUUGAAUGUGGAGUUGAGCAUUGUUCUGGGGACCCCCGUGAAAACAUGCUUCGAACAGAUGUAUAAACUUAUGUCCGAUUUGCAAGAUGUGCCGUUUUCGGACGAAUAUGAAGUAGUGUAUAAGAGGCUUGGAUGCCUUCACGCAUAUGUGCUCAAUAAAAAGUUAAAUAACAUGGUUUUGGCGGAGGAUAUGUAAAAUGUAUUUUUUUUUUCAUUUUGUUAUUAUGGUAUUGAAAUAAGAAGUUUCAAGAGUGGAAAUGUGAAUGCAUAAUGAUGCAUUCACUCUUGAAUUCGAUUUUUGUUUCAUUAAGUUACUUUACAGUUAAGUUUUGUUGGAAUUGGAAAUUAAUGUUAAGCGAAAUGUGAUAACGAAUUUAAUAAGUCUGCGGUGAUAACACAUUGUUGUUGUAAAGUUCUUGGAACUUUUUUGUUUCUAAUUUCUAUUUUAAGGUUUUUUGUUUUUUUCAUUUAAAUGUAUGAUUUUUUGUAAUGUUAAAUCUGAAGGAUAACAGAGUGGACCAAGAAUCUCCUUAAGUAUUAAAAUAUAUUUUGCAUUAA